CGACAUUUUUACCCCACUCCAAUACCACGCCGCAAUCGUUUGCAUUUCAAAGAGAGUCGCAAUAGACUCCAUACGAUACUGUGACGCAGACAAGAUUGUCGCUGCAGGAGCUAAUUCAUUAUUACGCAGGAACAUCUGGGGCUCCUUAUGGAUGGCUGAUGAAAUCAAGCAUAGCGAGUCCGAAAAGGAAAGUCUGCAAUGAUGACGACACAAACUCAAUGAUUGCGAUUUAGUGAGAUCUUGCCGCUGAUCUUCGCUAGGAUUCUCCACAGCGAUGCACAAGGGCUCGCGUAGUUUUCGGUCCUUGCCACCACGAUCCCUGCAGCAACAACGACGCCUUGACGAACAAGCUCCUUACGUAUGAGGCCAUCUCACGAUUAGACGCAGGUGCUCUCUCCAGCGACUAAGCAUACUUUGUUGGUUUGGUGUUUCAACCGUGUGUGCAACAAUUGUGUGGGAGACGCUGAUCUGGGUGUGCGAAUGAGAAGACCUUUGUCACGUAACAGUACACAGAAGAUCUGGGCCAUUGGAUCUGUGCUACUUUGCCGAAAUGCAUUAGGGGCCGCUAACAUGGUGCUUGCGUAGCCCAGCAGAUCCUGUUCUGGACCGUUAUCAUCAAGCGCGUAAUAAUGAUGAUGAUGCCAUGAGGCUCAUGCUCAAUAUUACGUAGCUUCCCAUUUUUGAGAGCUUAGCAAAGAAGAGAUGACAAAGAGGCUCAACUAUAAGUUAUCAGCUCUUUCAUGUCCACAUUCAAGCCCUCAGCAAGUUCAUACUCACGUCUUUGUAUUAAUAUCAGUUUCAUUUUCAAGGUCGACAUUUAUUGAAAAUGGAGAAAGCCAAAGCAGCCGUUUCCGACUUCGUGAAGAAGGCCGGACACCACGAUACCACUGUGCACGAACGCGUUGCUCCCAGUGUUCAACAUACAACAGUAUCUCCUGAACAGAGGGAAGAACGUCAAGUGGUCACCGAUCGAGAAGUUCAUCAAGAUCAUUAUCACACAUCAGUACAACCAAUUAAGGAUCGUGAAGUGCUUCCUGAGCAACACCAUCACAAUGUGGUUCCUGUUGAGCAUCGUACCCACGAUCAUCGAAAUACCCAAGAGACGGAAAAUCGCCUGAAGAUGAAUGCUGCUGAAUUCAAGGACGAGCUUGUGAGGAAACCAACACAUCAUACCACGUCGAAUGCACCUGCGGUUGUCGGUGAGCACGUACACCAUCAUAUCCACGAGACGAUACAACCCGUCAUUCAGAAGGAGACUAUCGAGCCUCAUGUCGUUCACACGACCGUGCCCGUUCACGAGGUACACCACAAUACUGCGCAGCACCAUGCUGCCUCGACUCUGCCGGAAAUCACAAUUUCGGACUUCAAGAAGCACGGCGGGCCUUUGACCGGCCGCGGCGAAAGAGUCGAUCAUUUUGACGGCGAGCCGAGGAGCAUCGAGCAUACUCUUGGACAGAGUGGAAGUUCUGUUGCUGGCACCACGAGCCAAUCUGUACCUGGUACACACGAUCACGUCACAGCGAAGCAGGGUGCCGAAAAGUACGAUCUACAUCACCCCUCCUCCACUACAAGCGCUGGAGGGGCUGGUACCAGCGGCAUGUCAGGUUCAACAACCGCAACGAAGCCGUCCCUGAAGGAUAAACUAGAUCCGAGGAAGGAUGCUGAUGGCGACGGCAAGAAGGGUUUCAUGAGUUAGGAGAUUAUGCUGAAUACACGACUUCACGUUUCUACCAAAGCUAAGACGUACAUGGACUACAUAUGUAAUGACAUUAUAGUAUGCAAGUAUUUUUUCGCUAGAAAAAAAAUCCAGUAACAAACUCUACAUGAGAAUAUACAUCAAGCAUCUACUCUAUCGUAUAAAAAA